AAUGACGUAAUUAACCCGGAAGUGGCCAUGCGGCUCCAGUAAAGAGCUUGUCCGUUCUUUGCGGUCUAACGAUGGAAAGGCAGCAAGUGCCAUGGCUCCCAAGUAGACCCUUCUGAAUUGUAAAGGGUGCCGAGUGUUCGCUGUCAAUCCGGAUCCAUCCACGCUUUAAACAUGCAGUCCAGGUCCUGAGGUUCAAUCCGGGGACACGUGCUCUGUCAACAAUCCUUUCCCAAAGCCGUAUCGGUCAAGUUUUUUUUAUUUUGCACAUUGCAAGGGAUUUAAGGAUUCAGCUAAACCUGACAGUUUUCACCCCGACCAGUCAAUUUAUAUGGGGGUCAGGACGUCCCCCUUUCCCUUCGGAAAUCUGAGGACAUGCUUUUUUUUCCAAAGUGAAGUGAACUAAAGAAACUGGCGAAAAGGAGAUGGCUAGCUAGCUCGCUAACUAUAUACAAAAAAACUAGAGACCCCCCCACACUGGGCCCCCCCUCCCUAGACCGUCUCCUCAGAACGCGGGAGACUCAUCCUCUCACAUAGGUUUCUCUGCAGGUCUGUGGCUCUCCACGCCCCAGUCAGAUGAAAUGAAAUGAACAAGCCCCCUCAGCAAAUAGCAGCACCCCCCUCCACCCCCUCCCCCGGUCUCCCGCAGGCCGCGUUCCCUCCUGGUCAGCCCCCCAACAUUGUCUUUGCAACCCCCCCACCGCCACAGAUGAGCACGGCUCCCCAACCCCGCCAGUUUUCUGUGGGGCCCCGUGCUUUAAACCAACAGGUACGGCAGUGUCUUAAUUGGGGAGCUUUUUGGCAGUACUACCAGGCGCGCCCUGGCUCCGCCCCAGCUGGCACGCCCCGCCCCACGCAUGUCUACCAGCCGGGCGCGCAGAUGGUGAUGAUCUCCCAGCAGCAGCUGCCAUUCGCCAGUUCACAGAGUCCCGCCUACUUCAUCCCGCCCGGACAGUACCGGCCUGCGUACGUCACUCCGCCUCCGCAGUACCCCAUGAGCAGCGCCACGACCGGGUUCUACCCCGUGACCAGCGCCGCUGAAUACGAGCCCCCCCUCGCUCCGGGGGGCCGCGGGGGGAGGGUGAGCGGACGGGAGAACGGCCCUCUGGGCUCUCAGAGGUUUACAGCCGGGACCUAUUACCCAGCACAGCCUCAGUACGCAGUGAGCUCUGUACCGACUGUCCUGAGCCCCGCCCCGCCCCAGCCCGCCCCCACCCCCCCGCCACAAGGCCAGUCCAAACGGGAGAGAAAACAGAUUAGGAUACGAGACCCCAAUCAGGGCGGCCGGGACGUGACCGAGGAGAUCAUGUCCGGCGCCAGGAGCACCUCGACUCCGACCCCACCGCAGUGUGCUGGGCCUGAGGGAGAGGGUCCAAUCCAGACCAACGGGGAGUGUGAGCCCCCUCCUGACACUGCGGACAGACCAGGUGUUUCCCAGGAUUCCCUGCCCCCCGCCCGGAGCCCCAAACUGGCCCCCUCGGCGCCCCCAGCAGACCAGACUGACCCUGGCGGGGCUGAUCCCGUCUCAACCCCAGCCGAGGAACUCGUUCCUCCCGAAGAGAACCCGAAACGCUCUCGCCCUCCGUCCCGUACCCCCCCGCCGUCAAACUCUGCCAACGGCGGAGACGCAGCCGCCCCCGAACCCGAACCCAGACCCGGCGCCCCGCCUGCGGACGAGCGCCCGGUAACCGCGGCGACGGCGGAACAGCCGCCGGCGCCCGUCACCGAGGAACCGCAGCCAGGCGAACCGGAGCGCGCAGUCGCCCGCGGCGACCCAGGCCCCGCCCCCUGCACCUCCCCGAGGCCCGCCGUGGCUCCGCCCACAGACCCGCCCUCCGGCCUGACGGACAGGACCGCCGACGCCCCGCCCUCCCCCCCGCGGCCCGAGCUCUGCCUCCCCAACGGCCUGGACCCCGCCCCCGUCACCAUGGAAGCCGCCCCCGUCACCAUGGAAACCGCCCCCGUCGCCGUGGAAGCCACCCCCGUCACCGUGGAAGCCACCCCCGUCACCAUGGAAACCGCCCCCAUCACCGUGGAAGCCGCCCCCGUCACCGUGGAAACCGCCCCCGUCACCAUGGAAACCGCCCCCGCCCACACAGAAACGGCUCCUCCCCCAGAGGAAGAGGAGGAGGAGGAGGAAGAGGAGGAGGCGGCCUCAGAAGGGUCGGCCCCCUCUGGGCAAGCCUCCGAGACCACGCCCGCGGUAAGGGAGGAGGAGGAGGAGGAGCUGAACAGGGAGGUGCAGAUGGGAGGCGAUCUGGAGGCCGUGAAACAGGAGCAGGCAGUGGAGGGCCCUUCUGAGUUGGAGCAGGUCCAAGCAGAAGUGCCACAGCACCGCCCUGCCACACCCAACAUGGCGCCCCGCCCUGCCACGCCCAACAUGGCGCCCAGCCCUGCCACACCCACCAUGGCGCCCCGCCCUGCCACACCCAACAUGGCGCCCCGCCCUGCCACACCCAACAUGGCGCCCCGCCCUGCCACACCCAACAUGGCGCCCCGCCCUGCCACGCCCAACAUGGCGCCCCGCCCUGCCACACCCACCAUGGUGCCCCGCCCUGCCACGCCCAACAUGGUGCCCCGCCCUGCCACGCCGGCCAAGGAGCCCCGCCCUGCCACGCCCACUGUGGAGCCCCGCCCUGCCACGCCCAACGUGGAGCCCCGCCCUUCCACACCCGCCAAGGAGCCCCGCCCUUCCACACCCGCCAAGGAGCCCCGCCCUGCCACGCCCACUGUGGAGCCCCGCCCUCCCACGCCCGACAUGGAGCCCCGCCCUUCCACGCCCGCCAAGGAGCCCCGCCCUGAUACGCCCGCCAAGGAGCCCCGCCCUGAUACGCCCACCGUGGAGCCCCGCCCUGCCACGCCCACCGUGGAGGCCACGCCCACCGUGGAGCCCCGCCCUGCCACGCCCACCGUGGAGCCCCGCCCUGCCACGCCCACCGUGGAGGCCACGCCCACCGUGGAGCCCCGCCCUGCCACACCCAACAUGGAACCAGAUGAGGGGGGAAAGCAGGACCCUGGCAGCCUGGAACCCAAGGCCGUCAAGCCCGGAGACCUGAAAUACCAGUACAAACGAGAGGAGUGGAAGCCCAUCGACCCGGAGGAGAAGAAGCGGUACGAUCGCGAGUUCCUGCUGGGCUUCCAGUUCGCCGGCGUCAGCAUGCACAAGCCAGAGGGACUGCCGCACAUCAGCGACGUGGUCCUGGACAAGGCGCACCGAACCACCUCUCGACCCCUGGACACCAGCCGCAUGGCGAACAUGAGCUGCGGCCCGGACUUCACCCCCUCCUUCGCCAACCUGGGCAGGCAGCCAAUGGGAAGCCGCGCCCCUCCCCCCGGGAUGGGCGGACCCCGGCGCUCGCAGCAGGGCCAGCGCAAGGAGCCGCGCAAGAUCAUCGCCAGCGUGUCGCUCAGCGAGGACGUCAAGCUCAACCGCGCCGAGAAGGCCUGGAAGCCGUCGGGCCGCAAGGGCCCGGGGCCGGCGCCCGGGGAGGCGGGCGGGGCCGGGGCCGAGGACCCCGAGGUCGCCCGCACGCAGGAGCUCUUCCGCCAGGUGCGCAGCGUGCUGAACAAGCUGACGCCGCAGAUGUUCCAGCAGCUGAUGAAGCAGGUGGCCGAGCUGGCCGUCGACACCGAGGAGCGCCUGAAGGGCGUCAUCGACCUGGUGUUCGAGAAGGCCGUGUCCGAGCCCAACUUCUCCGUCGCCUACGCCAACAUGUGCCGCUGCCUCAGCGGGCUUAAAGUCCCCACCACGGACAAGCAGACGGUCACGGUCAACUUCCGGAAGCUGCUACUCAACCGCUGCCAGAUGGAGUUCGAGAAGGACAAGGACAACGACAAGAUCUUCGAGCAGAAGCAGAAGGACAUAGACGCUGCAGCCACGGUAACCACGGGCGAGGAGAGCGGGCAGCGGUUGAAGGAGGAGCUUGAGGAGUCCAGGGACAGGGCCCGGAGGCGGUCGCUAGGCAACAUCAAGUUCAUCGGCGAGCUGUUCAAGCUGAAGAUGCUGACGGAGGCCAUCAUGCACGACUGCGUGGUGAAGCUGCUGAAGAACCACGACGAGGAGUCCCUGGAGUGCCUGUGCCGCCUGCUGAGCACCAUCGGCAAGGACCUGGACUUCCACAAAGCCAAGCCCCGUAUGGACCAGUACUUCACCCAGAUGGGGAAAAUCAUCAAGGAGAAGAAGACCUCAUCCCGAAUCCGAUUCAUGCUGCAGGACCUGCUGGACCUUCGAAUGAACAGCUGGGUCCCCCGGAGGGGCGACCAGGGCCCCAAGACCAUCGAGCAGAUCCACAAAGACGCGGAGCUGGAGGAGCAGAGGGAACAGGUCAAAGUUCAGCAGCAGUUCCUGUCCAGGAAGGACACACGUGGAGGCGGGUCCGGGGCCGGGGGCGGGGCCGGGGGCGGGGGCGGGGGCGGCAGAGGAGGGCCACACACCCCCGGGGGCCGGGGCCCCCAGCCCCAGGACGAGGGCUGGAACACCGUCCCCAUCUCCACCAAAAACCGGCCCAUCGAUACCAGCAGACUCAGCAAGAUCACCAAGCCGGGAGCCCUGGACUUCAACAACCAGCUUCUUGCCCCGGGGGGUAAAGGAACCUGGGGCAGCUGGGGCAAAGGCAGCAGUGGCGGAACAGGAUCCAAGCCCACUGGGGAGACUGCUCCAGAGGCGGGACGUCCCGCCACCAGCACCCUGAACCGCUUCUCCGCCCUGCAGCAGACCCCUGCCGCCGCGCCCCGCCCAGCCGAACCUGACCGCAGGACCCCCCAGAGGAACAGCUCCAGCCGGGACCGUGGUGACCGUGGCGACCGCGGUGACCGUGGCGACCGCGGUGACCGUGGCGACCGUGGGGAGCGGUUCGAGAGGCCUGAGCGGCAGAGGCUGCCCCUCACCAAGAGGAGCUUCGGCCGGGAGGCGGAGCCGGGCGGGGCCAGAGACGCCCUGCGCAGGGUGGCCAGCCUGACCGACGAGCGCCCCGCGCCAGACCAGAGCGGCCGAGACCAGAGCAGCCGCGACCGAGGCAGCAGGGACCGAGGCAGUACAGACCGAGGCAGUACAGACCGGGGUAGUCGAGACCGGGGCAGUACAGACCGGGGCAGCCGAGACCAGAGCAGCCGUGAUCGAGGCAGUACAGACCGGGGUAGCCGAGACCAGAGCAGCCGAGACCGUGGCAGCAGGGAUCGGGGCAGUACAGGCCGAGGCAGCCGAGACCAGAGCAGCAGAGAUCGGGGCAGCAGAGAUCGGGGCAGCAGAGAUCGGGGCAGUAAGGAUCGGGCCAACUUGGACCAGGGCAGCAGCCGAGAGAUGGUUCGGCCCGAGAUGCCCCCGCCAACGGCCCCACCCCCGUCUGCCCCGCCCAAGCCGGCCCUGAGCGAGGAGGAGAUGGAGCGGAAGUCCAAGGCCAUCAUCGAGGAGUACCUGCACAUCAACGAGAUGAAGGAGGCGCUGCAGUGUGUGCAGGAGCUGAACGCCGUGCCCCAGCUCUCCGUGUUCGUGAGGACCGGCAUCGAGUCCACGCUGGAGCGCAGCUCCAUCGCCCGGCAACACAUGGGACUGCUCCUGCACCAGCUGGUGAAGGCCGGCACCCUGCCCCCCCCGCAGUACUACCAGGGGCUGCAGGACAUCCUGGAGGUGGCUGAGGACAUGGCGAUAGACAUCCCCCACAUCUGGCUCUACCUGGCUGAGAUCAUCACCCCCAUGCUCCAUGAGGGGGGCAUCCCCAUGGGCCAGCUCUUCAGGGAGGUCUCCAAGCCGCUGAUCCCUCUGGGGAAGGCGGCGGUGCUGCUGGUAGAGAUUCUGCUGCUGCUGUGUAACGGAAUGAGUCAUAAGAAGGCGGGGCUGCUUUGGAGGGAGGCGGGACUCACCUGGGGAGAUUUCCUCCCGGAGGAGGAGGACGUCAACCGCUUUGUCACCGACAAGAAGGUGGAGUUCACCCUGGGAGGCGACUCGGAGAAGCCCAGCAGGAAGGGCCUCUCCCCCGAGGAGCUUCAGCAGCACCUGGACACUCUGAUCCAGCAGAGCUCCGACAACCAGAGGGUGUUCGACUGGGUGGAGGCGAACCUGGACGAGCAGGAGGCCUCCUCUAACCUGCUGGUGCGGGCGCUGAUGACCUCGGUCUGUCAAUCAGCCAUCACUGGGGAGAGCCCGUAUAAGGUGGAGUCGGUGCGUUUGGUCCCCAGGGUGCGGCUGCUGCAGAAGUACCUGACGGACGAGCAGAAGGAGCUGCAGGCGCUGUACGCCCUCCAGGCCCUCAUGGUCACCAUGGAGCAGCCAGCCAACCUCCUGCGGAUGUUCUUCGACAUGCUGUACGACGAGGACGUGAUCAAGGAGGAGGCUUUCUACAAGUGGGAGUCCAGUAAAGACCCGGCCGAGCAGCAGGGCAAGGGCGUGGCCCUCAAGUCCGUCACCGCCUUCUUCACCUGGCUGCGCGAGGCCGAGGAGGAGUCCGACAACAGCUAGGCCCUCCCGCGCCCCCUGGUGGCUCGGGGCGGAACUGCAGGUGGCGUUCCGAGUCCGCGGGGACCAUCUUCCUGCUCAGCGUUGGCAAUCGUUUAAUCUUCAUUUUUCUCCCUUUAUCCUUUCCUCCCACGGAAACGUUUAAAAGAAACAAAAUGGCGGACAGGACUAUUAACUGGGAGAGAGAGAGAGAGAGCCUGUUGUCCGGUGUUUGGCUGGUGGAUCCACCGUUAUUCAGUGUUGUCAGCCUGCGCCGUUUCUGAACACACCAGAAGGAGGAGGAGAAAGGAGGGCUCUUCAUACGAGUAUUUUUUUGCGAAUUGCGUUCAUGAGGACCUGCUGGAUAUCAUGUUUUUACUGUGUGAUGACACUAGCGGGGGGCGGGGGCAAGGGGGGGUGCUCUGAGAUGAAAUGAACACUUUGCGCUUUUGUUACCUGGAUGAGGUAACCGAGCUUUUUCCUCUCGAUAUGAGGAGGAUAUAGGUGGGGACUUGGACACCUGGUGCAGGUGCAUUUAUUUUCAGCUUCCUGUCGACCUGAAGAGGAACCGGUCGAAGGGUCGAAAGGGGGGCGGGUCAAGAGGAUUUUGACCUUCAUGGAGGGGGGGGCUCAACGUGCCCCUUGUCCCCCCCCCCCAUCUCUUGUCGGCCUUUGACUUUGUACACUUCCGAUUAACACCUGGGGGCUUUUGCAAUACCCUCACGCAAGCCUGUAGUGGAUUUUAAAAAUGAGCAUCAUUAAAACUUGAAAUUAUAUCGCGAAAUAAACUUUACAAAUGUACAAAAAAAAAAAAAGAAUAGAGUCCAUCAUAAAGCCUUUCUGCUUCUGUGAGCGGACGCCCAGGGCAGGUGUCUUCUGUAAAUGUUUUUGUUUGUUUUAUUUUUCAGAAAUAAAAUGCUGAUGUGAUGAUGA